AACGCAGGUGUUUACGUGUUGACGUACUCCCACUUCCUUAGUUCCCUGAAAGAGGAGCCGCCGUUUCUAAUUUGACCACAAAUCCCAAAUUUCCUUGAAACCUCUGGUCCUUCUCUUAACAUUGAACUUUAAUGUUAAAGAAGCUUGACAGUUCAGCAUGAUCGGAGAGAUUUGAUAUCCACAAUUUUGUUGAAAUCGCAAGUUUUCCCUCAUUCAUCGCAGGUAAAGCUAAAGCUAACAGCGCGUCAUUGGACAUAAUUUACCAAAUCAUCGGCUGAUCCGCAGUCAGUUUGUCCUCUGUUAACUCAGAGUUCAACAAAAGGUAGUCAUGGCCACUCGGCGUCUGACCGAUGCCUUCUUGUUAAUGCGGAACAAUGCAAUCCAAAACCGGCAGAUAUUGGCUGAGCAAGUGAGUACAUACGAGCCCCGUCUGAGUACACGUAGCAAUGCUGCGGAGCUUGAUGAGUUGGCUGAUGACCGAAUGGCUCUGGUCUCUGGGAUCAGUCUGGAUCCAGAAGCUGCUAUCGGGGUCACAAAGAAGCUUCCUCCCAAAUGGAUAGAUGGUGUUGACGAGAUCCAGUACGAAAUCACACGGAUUCGGCAGAAGAUGAAGGACCUGGCCUUGCUUCACGACAAGCACAUGAACCGUCCCACCCUGGAUGACAGCAGCGAGGAAGAGCACGCUAUAGAGAUCACAACUCAGGAGAUUACACAGAUGUUCCACCGAUGCCAGCGAGCUGUGACGGGCCUGCAGUCUCGCCGGGGCCACUGCACCGCGCAGGAGGAGAAGCUGUUGGUGAACGUGGUGUCGUCCCUCGCACAGAGCCUGCAGGACCUGUCCAUCAACUUCAGGCACACGCAGUCCAGCUAUUUAAAACGUAUAAAGAAUCGGGAGGAGCGAUCGAAGCACUUUUUUGACUCUGGGCCUUUAAUGGAAGAGGAUGAAGAUUUAGCUUUGUAUGACAAGGGGUUCACAGAUGAUCAGUUAAUGCUGGUGGAGCAGAACACAGUUUUAGUGGAGGAACGGGAGAGAGAGAUCCGACAAAUAGUGCAGUCCAUCUCGGAUCUGAAUGAGAUUUUCCGAGACUUGGCAGGAAUGGUGGUGGAGCAGGGAACUGUUCUGGACAGAAUUGACUUCAAUGUGGAGCAGGCCUGUGUAAAAACAGAAGAUGGCAUGAAACAGUUACAAAAAGCGGAGCAGUAUCAGAAGAAAAACAGGAAGAUGCUGGUCAUUUUGAUCCUUUUUGUCAUAGUCCUUGUUCUAAUUAUUAUUCUUUUUGGAACAAAGUUCAAAUGAAUCAUUCCUCUGGCUUUGUGUCUGUCUGUUUGAGUGUUUGUUGUGUAUAUGUUUGGACUUGGACUCUUCUCGAUUUGGCUUGAAACCAUCAAGUAGAAUUCAACAUCCCUCCAAGUGCAUUUGGAGCGGUUUGGUUUUCCAGCUGCUGUUGAAUGAAAGAAGCCAUCUUCAGUCUGGUUAAGCAUGAAGCCCCGUCCAUGCAGACAUAUCUGUGUCUUAACGAAAGGAAAACCCCUUUUGUUGUUGAAGUACCCAUGUUAAACUGCUAAAGUGGAGCCUUUUCUGCUGAAACUCGAAGCACAGAUUGUGAUGAAGAUCAGUGACUUCUGCCUAAAAUUAUUCAGACAUUCAGUUUCUGCGGGGGACCAGAAGGAAGUCAAAAACAACACAUUAGGUGUAAUAACAAAUACAUUUUCAGAUCUGCCUUAUAUUUACAUCUCAGUAUUUGACCUCUUAGAAAUGUAAAAAAUUGUAUUUGGGUUGAUUAGAAACGCUUUUUAGUACCAAAAAUAUUCUUGUGGUUUAUUAGCCACCUACUUUAUUGAAGUGGCUCCACUUUAACAUGGCUUUUAGUCUUCUUUCACACUCGCUACACUUGGAAUGAAGUGCUCAUUGUAAAAACACUGGUUUUUAUAUUCCAUUGGCCAUGCAUAAAGUGCUACCUUUUUAAACUCUUGCAGUUUGCACAUAUUGAGGCCUGGGGGGUGUGUUAUGGAGGUUAUACUACUGUUGCUUGUAUGAUAUAAAGAAUUAUUUAUUUUCUGAUACCUUCAAAUAAUCCAGAGGUGUUUCCUGUAGAUUUACUGUACACCGAGUAGAGUAUGUUUAAAAUAAACCCACUCCACUGAACUGAAAACUGUGAUGUUGUCCAACGCAGGCAGUCGUUUGGAGAUGGCCUUACGAUUAUGAUUUUUAUUAUUGUUGGUUUCAGUUUGGACACUUUAUUUGGGUGUGUUGCAAAAACUUAUGUUGUUUUCUCUUUGAAAGACUGAGAAACUUAAAUGAUAGAGAGCUUUAUAAUCUGUAUUUAACGCUACACUUCACACAACUGUCUAGUCAUCUGUGUCGUCGUUGUGGAGUUUUGUUUGUGAUGGACAAAAUGGUAUUUGUGGUACUACAUGUAUGUUUUUGUUUUUGAAGUGAAACAGUUGAGGAGAACACUUUUUUUUGUUUGUUUUGUUUUUUUAAGAAAAAAGCUGAAAUGUGUUCUGUGUGUUCUGAACGGCAGCAUUGCAACAGGAUGUGAACACAAGGAACCAAUAAUCACAAAGUGGAUAUUAAAGACAGCAAAAAUACAA